AUGUCUCAAACAAGUCAGAGCGCCCCACCAGAUCUGACUGAAGGUUUCCCCGUGACAAACCUGACUUUGGUCGUGCUUUUGCUGAUACCCUGUGUGAUCAUCCUGCUUCUGCUCAACUGCCUGUUUCUGGGCUACAAGUUCCUGAUCCUGUCAAAGAGGAGCAGCAGACGGAAGCGAGAGGACGCGGAGGAGAUGCUUCUGCAGUCCAACCUGCAAAGAGCCAGACGUGUGUCCGACGUGGCCUUCCCUCCGCUGCAGGACGGGAGGAGAGCCUACAUGUCCCUUUCGGAGCCUGCCCUGCCCCAUCCUGUCACCUCCUCCAGGGCUUCGUCCAGGGAGAGGGCCGGGCUGGGUCACGGGUUCCGGCUCCUGAGGCCAGAUGGUGCCACCGGCUCAGGGUCCCUGAGGGCGCCGAGCACCAUCAGGGCCACUUCCCCGAGAUUCGACCUGCCCUCCGGCUCACGGGCAUGCAGCAUCAGCAAAGCGGGCUGGUGUAGAAGCGCACCAGUGUUGCUGCAGUCCAGUGAUUCAGAGGCUGAAACCAGAGUGAACCUUGUUCCGCCAAACUCUCCAACACAGGAGGCAGAACAUGUGGGUCACAUUCGUCGGAGCAGUACUUACCAGAUGCUGACAGAUGUGAACCCAGGUGUUGCAGUGCAUGUGUUUGACAAAGUGGACACGGAGUGCGAGUACACCAGCCCGCCCUCGGAGGCGUCCUGCCUGAACACAUCCGCAGUGGGUCCUGGACUAGACAGCGACUUCGGUGCCAGUGCAGGCGUCUCCCUGCGGAUUCUGUCAGCAGACAGUGACGGCCUGUCCAACGGCGUUCUGGCUUCAGCACUGGAGUGGGAUUAUUAUGACCCCUGCUAUGUGAAACAGAACAAUGUUCCCAAACAUAAACACCACAGACCUGUGAUGCACACCAAACAGUACUGGGUGUGA